ACAUGACAUGGGCAUAUAGCUGCAUAUACUGGAUUCUUGAGGCGAGAAGCAGGGAAUUCUGCUGGCUGGAAUGACAGCAUUCUUCCUAUUGUUCUUGAUUGCACUGCAGAUUUAUGUGUGGUACAAAACCAGGGGCGGACUGACAACUCAUGGGGCCCCUUGGAAAUAGGGGAUCAUGGGGCCCCUGUGUCCUUGCCCACACUCAAAGCACACCCAAAAAAGCCUAUAAAAAGGUACCAGGGGCAUUUCAUGGGGCCCCCUACUGACCCCGGGCCCACGGGCAGUGC